AUGGACUCGAGUGCCGAAAUGGUUUAUGUGUUGAUGAAUUCCCCCAGAGAAGUGAUUAAACUAGUCGAAUUAAAUAUAUUUUUAUUUUUCCGAAUUUUAGAACCUUCCGGUUCUGCAUGCGAUAAACAUUCUGAUUGUUUACCAUCAACUUUGUGUGCUAAUAAUAAAUGCGUAACGACACAAAGGGUUGGAUCUUUUGCAAUAUGUGACAAGGACCAGGAUUGCCUUCAAGGAAGUACCGGCUCUUCCAAAGAAACUUGUGCCAAAUAUAAAACUUCCGAUCAAAAAUCGGGUGUUUGUUUGUUGCCUACUUCAGAUCCAAGUUUGAUUGUCACUCCAAUACCUUAUAGUACAACUCGGAGCUAUAACAUGACUACUACUAGAGGUAAAAUAAUUGUUUAA